UUUCGCUUCCUCCAGUCCUCAAAUGAAAGUAAUUCAGCUCAUUUGCUGUAGUUACACAUUAGUUAGAACUGAGAUGUGAGAAUGAGUGCAUCACAUGACUGCAGCACAUCCACCUCACCGCCCCCGCCGCUCCGCUCCAUACACUCAAUGUAAACACCGUUAGCGCUACUGCUUUGUCUUUGAGCCUGUGGCUGGAGCUCCCGACUCGCCAUGCCAUGGAUAUUUUAUGGCAAUACCAGUUCAGGAUCAUUUUGCUGGGGGACUCGACGGUGGGCAAAUCAUCUUUGCUCAAGAGGUUCACGGAUGGCAUAUACAGCGAUGUAGCGGAUCCUACGGUCGGUGUGGAUUUCUACGCCCGUUCACUAGACAUCGAACCCGGGGUUAAAAUUAAACUACAGCUAUGGGAUACCGCCGGACAAGAGAGAUUCAGGUCCAUCACUACUUCCUACUAUCGCAACUCUGUUGGCGGGCUCUUAGUCUUUGACCUGACGAACAGGAAGACCUUCGAUCACGUGCGGGAAUGGCACCGAGAAGUCAGCGAGCACAUCCUGCCUCAUCACAUGGUCUACAUCCUGAUCGGCCACAAGAGCGACUUGAGCCGCGACCGCAAGGUGACACGGGACGAAGCGGAACAGCUGGCGGCCGAACUCGGCAUUCGCUACGUGGAAACUUCAGCCAAGUGCAACAGCAAUGUGGAACGUGCUUUCGAGCUGCUCACACGGGACAUCUAUGAGCUGAUGAAGAUGGGUGAGAUCUCCACUCGUGAUGGCUGGGACGGGGUCAAGAGUGGCCUCACCGCUAAAGUUCUUUAUCCAGCCGAGGAGGAAGCGGAGCGAGAAAAGAGCUGCAACUGCUGACUUCCACAAUCCACCUGUAAUUGCUCACCUGUAUAUCAGUUGGUUGUUGCUCACCUCGGCUUUCACUAAUGUGUCGCAUCAUGGUCACUGCCUCAGGGCCUGGACCGCUGCACUUACCUUGUUGUUGCUGUCUGAGGUUGAUGGUACAAGCCACUCAAAAGUGUUUAGUAUCUAGGCUUGCAUGGAGAGGUACUGCUUCAUAUUGUUGGAAUUCACCCCAUGUUUUGACGUUUGCAGCAAUCUUGUGGAUAAAGUGUGGAUAAACAUUUUUACAUUCUAGUUUGAACUGUAUGUCUCAUUGUACUUCACAUAGUCUGGAGAUAUUAAGGUUUAUUUGGCUUGUUCCUUUCCCUUUAACCAUUAUUACUGUGGUACCAUUACCAUUUAGAAAAACAUCUAGUGAUUACGAUCUACAAUGUCCAUUCACUUAAAGAUUUAAAGACCCCAUAAAAUGGCUUGACAACAUGGUUUUCUUUCCUGUGUUGACAUAUUUCUUAUUGAAGCAGGUAGUUGGAGCUGGACAAUAGCUUGUCCUUAAAAAUACCCAUUAGCUUUUAGCUUAUGUUAGUGCUGUGAACCAUAAUUUGCUACUUCCUAUUGCUAGUCAGUUGGCAGGUGGUAUUAGGAGAAGAACAACUGAGAGCAUUUGACUAGGAAAAUGUGUCAUCAAAACGUUUGAUCCGUUUCCCUAGUAGCAGUAAAUCAUUUUCCCCAGUAUAUUUUUGUCUUUUAAAUGUUUUUAGGAGUGCACAUAGCAUAUAUAUGCCUUUAAAGCAAGAGACCUGGACUGAAAGCCACAAAACUCCCAUUUUGGUUUUCUGGAUUCUUCGGUUAAGAUGAAUUUGAGACAGUGAGGACAGUUGUUGGCUGGUAGACAUCAUUUAAACCUCCUUUAUAACUGAUUGCUGGAUUUGUAAUUUUACACAUUAAAAUUCUGAUCCAUUUUUAUUCCACUUUGUUUGUAACAGCCCAAUUUCUGCAUACAUUAUUAUGUGCACAAAGCCAAAAUACUUUACUGUAAUAGAUCAGGAAAUAAUCGCCAAUGCAGCAUAUUUUAAAUUGUUUAUGGAUAAAUACAUAAUAUUUUGUCAAAUCUGUUGAUGUAGUAUUCAUUCUCUAAAAGCAUAUAACGUAAUCAUAUCUCAUUCUAAAACCUAGUGAUCUACCCAUCUUGACAGCAUUGUAGUGCAUCAUAGAUGAAUUCCUAACACAAAGACUGUUUUGGCAACAUCACGUGUAUCAUCCAAGAUUAAGUCAAAAGAAAUGUUGAUUAUGAAUAUAUCUCAUUCAAUACUAAAAAAUAUCAAUCUAAUUAAAUGGACUAUCCCACCCCAAAUUUGUGUGUGCUAUGUAUGUUUGUGCUUUUUACUAUCCAAUACCAAUAGCUCAGCAACACGCUAUCAAGUGUACAAAUUGCUACUUAUGUAUAGCAUUUCAAAGCAGCCACUUAUAAGGUUCCAUUGGUUAGCAUGUCGCCUUAACCCCAAAGUAUCAACUUUACAAUAUGAAUAGCGUAUGCAGAAACACAUAACCUUUCAAAAUAUACUUCAUAUGUAGCGUGAUAGCGCGAACACAGGCGCUUGACAAAUUUCAUCCUUGUUCAGUGUCUGCACGAUUUCUCUCCAAAAGUUAUGAGCGAAACAAAUUUCUUCGUACUCGAAUUUGUAGUUUGUAUUAUAAUUGCGGGUGUCUAUCCCCCAGAUUUAUUCAGUGAAAUGUAAUUUAAGUUGGUCCAACUUAAUUUGAUCAAAUACAGCUUAAAUGAAAUGGAUAUAUUUAUAUUUUUAUGCUUGCCCAACUCAGUCUAAAACAUUUAAUUGAAAAAUAAAUUAUUAGGUAGAAAUGAUUCCAAUUUUGUUCCCCCUAUAUAGAGAAAAUAGACAAAACUUGGUUGAGGUGUUUUUUUUUUUUUUUUUUAAAGUCAGG